GUGCUGGAUCUGAACGAGAAAAUAUCUGAAUAUACUGAAAAUACCAGACUCCGAGCAGCAGCCGAUCCAUCGUCGACUGCUUCCCAUUCCCCAAUCCAAGAUGGCCCCGAAGCCGGAGUCGCAGAACCCCUCGCACGCCGACGCGCCGCCGUCGGGCGCCGCCUCCGUCGACCCCCUCUUCCACAUCCUAAAGGUCCUGCCUUUCGCCUUCCUCCGGCCGCCGCGCCUCCGCCUCAAGCUGCCCACCCUCACCCUCCCCUCCCCGAUGACCGUCUACGCCCUCGUCCUCCUCACCUACUUCAUGGUCGUCUCCGGCAUCGUCUACGACGUCAUCGUCGAGCCCCCCGGCAUCGGCUCCACCCAGGACCCCCACACCGGAUCCGUCCGCCCCGUCGUCUUCAUGCCCGGCCGCGUCAACGGCCAGUACAUCAUCGAGGGCCUCUCCUCCGGCUUCAUGUUCGUCCUCGGCGGCGUCGGCAUCGUGUUCAUGGACCUCGCCCUCGACAGGAACCGGGACAAGAGCGUCAAGACGUCCUUCGCGACGGCCGGGAUCUCGUCGGUGGUGCUCGCUUACGUCAUGAGUAUGCUCUUCAUCCGCAUCAAGAUCCCCGCUUAUCUUAGCUAGAUUCUCGAUUUUGAGGUUCAGCUGGGGCUUCCCCUUUAUGAUCUUCUAGCUCCUCAGGUUUUACUUGUUGCGAGAUCUCUACAUAUAAAUUGUGGAUUUUAUGCUGCUGCUAUCGUUUACUAUCAUAGAUCAUAAUGAUGCUGGGCAAUUUGGCAUAUCUAUCGGCUCGUGUCAAUCAUCAGUAGCGUUGCAUAGAUGUUUUCCUUGUUGAUU